AUGAAGUUCCAUGCUAUCAGACAAGCAAAAAAGGAUGGUGAAGUUAAAUUUGUUCAUUGCAGCUUAGAUCAGCACAUUGCGGACAUUAUGACCAAAGCUCUUCCUAAUGUGAAGUUUGAAGUUAUAAGGGCUAAGCUAGGAGUAUCCAAGAAAAAUCUCAAGGAGGAGUGGAUAAUUACCUUUUUGAGUUGUCCUAAGAAAAAUAAUAGCCAAAAAUUGAAUGAGGUAGUCCUGAUUGAUGAGACGCGCAAUGGAGUGAAUGCUAAGUUAGAGAUGUGGAGACAGACUUUGGAGACUAAAGGUUUUAGUUUGAGCAGGAUUAAGACAGAAUAUGUGGAGUGCAAAUUCAAUGAUGUGAUGCAUGAGGUAGGCAUGAAAGUGAGGCUUGACACCCAAAAUAUACCCAUGAGAGCUAGAUUCAAGUAUUUUGGGUCUACAAUCCAAAAGAGUGGAGACUUCGACGAUGAUAUCACACGCCGUAUUGGUGCAGCGUGGAUGAAGUGGAAGCUGGCCUCUGGAGUCUACCACAAAACAUCAAAAGUAAGUUCUAUAGAGUGGUGGUUAGACCAACUUUGUUUUAUGGGACUGAGUGUUGGUCAGUCGAGAAAUUCUAUAAUCCCAUGUCUAGAAGAUGCUUGUUACAGAGAUGAGGAUGUUAAGAUAAGGGAAGCAAUACUGGGAUGGUUUGGACAUAUAUAUGAAGAGGAGAUAGAUAGAUGCACCUGUGAGAAGGUAGGAGAGGUUGAUUAUAGAAGGUACAGGGAAAGACCGAGGCGGCAAUUAGCUCUCACGCGCCGUCGCUCUAUUCUCUCACUGUUAUCCAGCUCAACCGCGGCUGAAACUGCUGCCAGCGAGCGAGAGAAAAGCGGCGAGUGCCGCCACGAAACUAUCGCUGAUAUGUCUCCUGUCGGUGGCGGUGAGAGCAGCGGAAUGGAGCAGAUGGAGAAGCUCCAGAGGUUGUUUGGCUUUGUGGAUUUAGAAAUGGGUUUUGAGUUCAUGGAGAUCAUGCCUCUCAGAAGAGCCUACAUCAGAAGGAACAGAAAUGAGCAACAACCACCUCCAGCUUCAGCAGACCCUUUGGUUGAACAAGUCUCUCAUGCCGAAUUCAGGGUUGCUUUCUAG